CCUUAGCGACGCUUACACCACGUGACCUAUUUGAAAUGGGCUAUAUUGAUAACUGACUCUUAACAGUGGUUUAGUCAGAGAGCUGAUAAGAAGUUUGUUUAUGGCUGUGUAACAAUAAAAGAGCUCGUUGAACAGAGGGGAAGAUUAAGUGUGUUCAAUAUUACACAAGUAAGCCAUGUCCAAAUUACCCAGAAUUACCCCAACUUGCACCCCAAGAUCUGUUUCUGCUGCUGCUUCAUACGGACCCUACCCACCUCCAGAAUUAACAUCCACAUGGAACCAGAUGAAAUUCCCCCCAAAAAUCAACCCCCUAGCUCCGCCCCCACCUAGGAAGAGGUUGUAUGCCAGCUGGGAGACCACCCCACAACACUGGCACAAUGACAGGAGGAGACUGAUGAUGCAGCAGAAGGAGCAUGAGAGAUAUCACUCGGCCUGGUCCACACCUUUCUACGGCCCCCCAGCAGAUAAAGAAGCUUACAGACGACAUUAUCGCCAAGUACUAAAACAGCAGAUGUCAGAUGCUGAUGAAAAGAAAAGAACUGACUUACAGUCCAAAGUACAUGAAAGUGAGGCUGCUGUAGAAUUUGAUAGGCAGUGCAAAAUGAAAGACUUUCAGGAUAUAGUUAAAAAGUAUAAUUACCUCAAAAAUUUCAGAGAUGACAACAAAAUGUUCAUGGAAGAAAGCUGGGAAAAAUCUAGAAUAAACAAGAUAAUGACAGAUAGAUAUGACAGAGAAAUGCUGAAGUACAAUCCUAUCAACUGGAGUGGUACUUUGUCUUAAAAACUGUUUGAUAGGCUUUCACCUGGUGCUAUGUGUGAAAAUAUCUUCAAGAAUGUCCAACAAAUGAAUGGAAGUGUAAAUAGCUUUCAGGCCAAUGUCCAGCGCCCACUCCCUACAACAGCCAGGAUACAAACAUCUUAUCUCAAUCUACCUUGCUGUCAAACUUACCUUUUGAAGGCUAUACUUGUGUUUCUUUGUUAGGUUAUUAAAAAUGCAUUGAUCAAUUAUUAUAAAGUGUAUGAUUUUAUUAGAAAUGUAAAACAAUAGUCUUUUAAGUCAUAUUUUUAAAGAGAAAUUGAAAUUGAUUUUAAAAUUUAACAUUUGUAAGAUAAGCUGGUAUAAAGAUGAUUUAUUAUAGACUACUAAAACAAAUUACCAAUUACCAACACACAUUCAUAAGGGAAGACAAAUUACAUAGAAAAUAUAUUAACUAAAUUGGAAAGUAUAAAUAAAAAGGAAAAUCAAAAGUUAGGCAGCUAGUUUGAUUCUGUAUGAAACCCCAGCAACUGAAGUAUAAACAAACAUUUGUUAACAUUCAAGAGGAUUGUCAGGGUCAUGGAAAGUACAAGUAAAGAUGACUCUAUAGUGCAAUGGGACAAUUUUACUGUAGUACAGUGUAAGGUCAUUAGCUUGGGCAUUUAAAGUAGUGCUUCCAAACCUUGAAAAUAUUUCAUUCACUUAUGUUUUCUCAUGCUUACAAUAAAAAUAGUUUUCACUUUUAUUUUUG